CUCCUGAGAGGAUUAUUGAAUUUUGGCAAGCAAUUCAAGAUGCAGAAAUCUUUUUUUCUCUACCACCAAAUUGGAAUGAAAAUGAUUUGGCCUUGGGACCAUUUUUUCUAUUUAUGACUAUCAAGGGUAAUUAUGUCAUUUUAAACAAAAAUAUAAUGAUAAAUUCAAAUGGCCAAUUGAUUUAUAAUAAUGGGAAACGAGUAAUGAACCAAGACACAAAUGAACCUCUUCAAUCACUCCCUUUUAAUUCUACCUUAAAAGUUACAGUGACAAUAAAUAUGGAGGAAAACAUGGAGGAAGAGGAACUUCCAGAUAAUUGGGGAGGAAUGCUCCAUUUGCCAAAGUCCACAUUUUGCAUUGUCUCAAAUAACAUAUCAAUGAUUUUAAUAUGA